AAUCGUUACAUUAUUAUAUAGUAGACUAAACAACUAACACAGUUUGGACCUCGGCACCAGAAAGAAGAAAUAUGGGCAAGAAUGAAGAGUCUCAUCCAUUGUUCGAAACAAGGAGAGCCAAAGGAAUAUUCAUUCAUAGAAUAUUCUCCUUCUCCAUGUUUUUGGGAAUUUUGUUCAUCUGGGUUUACAGAGUGAGUUACAUGCCAAGAAAAAGUAGUGAAGAUGGGAAAUGGGUUUGGGUUGGAAUGUUUUUAUGUGAGCUAUGGUUUGGUCUUUAUUGGCUCAUGAGGCUUUCACUCAGAUGGAACCCUGUUUUCCGACAACCCUUCAGCCACACACUUUCCCAAAGAUAUGAUGAUGAUAAGCUGCCAGGAGUGGACAUAUUUGUGUGUACAGCAGAUCCAAAAAUAGAACCACCAAUGAUGGUGAUUAAUACAGUUCUCUCUGUUAUGGCAUAUGACUAUCCAACUCAUAAGCUUAGUGUCUAUCUCUCCGAUGAUGGAGGUUCGGAUAUUACGUUCUAUGCUCUUUUAGAGGCAUCUAAUUUUGCCAAGCAUUGGUUGCCAUUUUGCAAGAAGUUCAAUGUUGAACCAAGGUCACCGGCUGCAUAUUUCAAGAGUAUUUCCUCAACUGCUUACUCAGAUGAUUCUAUAAAUUCCAAAGAGUUGGUCAUCAUCAAGAAAUUGUAUGAAGAUAUGGAAAGUAGAAUAGAAAAUGCAGGCAAGUCGGGUGAAGUACCUGAGGAAAUUCGCUCCAAAAACAAGAGAUUUUCUCAGUGGGAUUCAUUUUCUUCUCGAAGGGAUCAUGAUGCAAUUAUUCAAGUAUGCCUCUUCAUAAGGGUGUCAUCAAUUAUUAGCAAUGGAAAAAUCAUUCUUAAUGUAGAUUGUGACAUGUACUCGAACAAUGCACAAUCUCUAAAGGAAGCACUUUGCUUUCUCAUUGAUGAAGAAAAAGGCCAUGAAAUCGCUUUUGUGCAAACGCCACAGGGCUUUGAGAAUCUUACAAAGAAUGAUAUCUAUGGCGGUGCUCUAAGAGUUAUUUAUGAGUGGGAAUUCCCUGGGAUGGAUGGUUUUGGUGGACCUAUGUACAUUGGAUCUGGUUGCUUUCAUAAGAGGGAUACACUAUGUGGAAGAAAGUUUAAUGAUCAAGAAAGCUUGAAGCAUUGGAAUGGUGAAGAUAUAAACAAUGACCAAUCAAUAACAAAAACAAGCUUGCAUCUAUUGGAAGAAAAGUCAAAGGCUCUUUUAAGUUGCACUUAUGAGAAUAACACACUAUGGGGAAAAGAGAUGGGACUACUAUAUGGUUGUGCAGUGGAGGAUGUUAUAACUGGUUUAGCUAUACAAUGUAGAGGGUGGAAAUCAGUGUACUAUAAUCCAAAAAGGAAAGCUUUCUUAGGAGUAUCUCCAACCACAUUGCCAGAAGCAUUAGUUCAACAUAAGAGAUGGUCUGAAGGAGGAUUCCAAAUUCUGCUCUCUAAGUAUAGUGCUGCAUGGUGUGCUUAUGGAUUAAUCAGCCCAGGACUUCAAAUCACAUAUUGUUUUUACAAUCUUUGGGUCCUUAAUUGCUUGCCAACUCUUUAUUACUCAAUUUUCCCUUCACUUUGUCUCCUCAAAGGGAUUUCCUUGUUUCCACAGAUGUCAAGUCCAUGGUUCAUACCAUAUGCAUAUGUCACACUUGGUGAAAAUACUCAAUGCUUGUUGGAAUUUUUGUGGUCAGAAGGCACAAUAAAAGGUUAUUGGAAUGACCUAAGGAUGUGGCUUUACAAGAGAACAAGCUCAUACUUAUUUGCCUUGAUUGACACCAUCUUCAAGUCUCUAGGGUUUUCAAGUUUAGACUUUGUGAUCUCAGCUAAGGUAGCUGAAGAAAAUGUUUCUCAAAGAUAUAAGAAGGAGAUAAUGGAGUUUGGAAACUCUUCCCCAAUGCUCACUCUUCUUGCAACACUAGCAUUGUUCAAUUUGUUUUGUCUUGUUGGUGCCUUAUUCAAAGGUGGUCUUGGAAUGUUGAUGGUGUUGCCAUUGCAAGUUCUACUAAGUGUGGUGUUGGUUCUCAUCAAUUUGCCUUUGUAUGAAGGCCUCUUUCUAAGGAAGGACAAGGGAAGAUUUCCAACCUCUGUUGUGUUUAAAUCAAUGGCAGUGGCUCUAAGUGCUUGUGUUCUAUCAAAUGUGAAUGUCUUCACUAUAAUUUAGAAGACUAUUAUGUUUUUUACUAAGUAAAUAUUUUAUUGUUCUGUUUUUGAGACAUUGACUAGAGAGAUAUGGAAAUAGGAAAAAAUUGAAUUAUGAUUUCUUUGUCAUUUGAAUGUCAUGAAAAAAAAAAAAAAUCAGAUAUACAAGACUUUGGUUCUAGUGCUA